ACUAAUUACAAAAUUUUAAAUUCCUCCAUCCAUCAAUAUACAAAACGUUUUGCAUUUAUUAUAAAUCUUUUGAUUUUAUUCGUUGCAUUGAAAAAUUAACCUGAACGCUUGAUUUAUAUUUCAUUCUUUUGCACCCCGAGUUCCUAACCUUAAUUCUGUUAGUCGUCCGCCCACAGCGCUGACCCUGUUCAAAUUCAGUAUCUUUUGCAUUCUGCGCGUCCCUCCACGAGGUAGUCUUUGUUUACUUGGUAAUUUUUCAUAUCCAAGGUUUAUUGCUACACACUUAUGUUGGUAGUUGGGUGAGUAGAGGAGACAAAUUUGUUACUGGUCGUUCAUUUUCAUUAGUUGAUCGAGACAUUGUGGCCAGUGGUGGAAGCAAGACAAAUAAAAUUAACAGAUAUUGUCUCGAAAGAAUGGCGCUUCCAAGUAGAGCAAGGGUUUAUACUGACGUUAAUUCACACAAAUCCAGAGAUUAUUGGGAUUAUGAGUCGUAUGUCGUUGACUGGGGACAACAAGAUGAUUACCAACUUGUGAGAAAGCUCGGACGCGGAAAAUAUAGUGAAGUUUUUGAGGCUAUCAAUAUCACAAAUAAUGAAAAAUGUGUUGUCAAAAUAUUAAAGCCGGUUAAAAAGAAGAAGAUUAAGAGGGAGAUUAAAAUCCUAGAAAAUCUUAGAGGCGGGACCAACAUUAUUACGCUUCAAGCAGUUGUUAAAGAUCCAGUUUCAAGGACACCAGCAUUGAUAUUUGAACAUGUCAACAACACAGAUUUUAAACAGCUUUACCAGACAUUGACAGAUUACGAUAUAAGAUACUACCUCUAUGAAUUAUUAAAAGCAUUGGACUAUUGCCAUAGUAUGGGCAUAAUGCACAGGGACGUGAAGCCACAUAAUGUGAUGAUCGAUCACGAGAAUCGAAAGCUACGACUAAUUGACUGGGGUCUCGCUGAAUUUUAUCAUCCGGGACAAGAAUAUAACGUUCGAGUUGCAUCUCGAUACUUUAAAGGGCCAGAACUAUUAGUAGAUUAUCAGAUGUACGACUAUUCAUUGGAUAUGUGGUCAUUAGGUUGUAUGCUAGCAAGUAUGAUCUUUAGGAAAGAACCCUUUUUUCACGGUCACGAUAAUUAUGAUCAAUUAGUCAGGAUCGCCAAAGUUCUUGGCACAGAGGAGCUUUUCGAGUAUCUUGACAAAUAUCAUAUCGAGCUCGAUCCACGUUUUAAUGAUAUACUUGGACGACAUUCGCGUAAACGUUGGGAGCGCUUUGUACACUCGGAAAAUCAGCAUUUGGUGUAUCCCGAGAGCCUCGAUUUUUUAGACAAGCUUCUACGUUACGAUCACUAUGAGAGACUCACUGCGCGUGAAGCAAUGGAACAUCCUUAUUUUUAUCCAAUAGUUAAAGAGCAAGGUCGGCUACCAAUGGUUUCUUCGUCACCUACUCCCAUGACAGGCUCUUUGCCUGUAGGUGAGUAGCGGACCAGAUGAUCGUGGUUUAGCGUUGGGCAAUAUGCCGGUUCCUGGUACAGCUGGAUUAGGAAAUACAGAAGGGUUUGGGGGUGGCGUAAUGAAUGUCUUAGAAGAAAUUUCGACACCCCAAACUUAAUCUCAACAACUCUUAUAAAAUCAGCGUACGGGAAUGAGAGAUUAUGUCCCAAGCUACUUCUUAAGAUGACAACACAUCGCCGGUUGAUGCAUGAUAUCGUCAAGGUUGUAACCAUUCUCGCCAUCGACAAAAUUCUGGUUUGUAAUAUCGGUUUUAUCGAUCUUUCAAUUAAGACUGAGUUAUCUUGCUUCGCCUAUCGUUUCACGGGAACUUUAUGUCACAACAACAACAACAACACGAGGAUCGUAACGUACUUAGAAUAUCCGACGAAUAAAAUAAUAAUAUUAAUGAUUUUAGAUGUGAAUUUUGUCCUACUAUUUGAUACUAUUAUGUUGUUUGCUGUUGCGUUAAAAAAAUUUGAUGAUACGCAUCACAUUUUCAUUGAAUGCGAAUCAUUUUUAUUUCUUGACACGCGACAUAAAAUAGAAAUUUUUUUGGGACUUUUACUACUAACAACAACAACAACAACAUCAUCGUCAUCAUCAUUAUUGUCGUGUAAAUUAUUGUAUGCGUACACGAUAAUGAUGAUGAAAUUGUGUCUGGUUCCUGUCUCAUCUUGCAGAUGAUCGUGGUUUUUUAAUAAUAAAUAAUAAUAAUAAUAAUAAUUAGUAAGUCGGGAGAUGCUGACCGAAAGAGAAUUAAAAAAAAAAUGAAAAAAAGGAAAAGUAAAAAAAAAGAAAAGAAAGAAACAAAAUAGAAAACCACACAUUUUACAUGAGAACACGUGAACACGCGUGUAUAACGCAUACACUAGGACACUCAGUUUAGUAUAUUUAACGAUAAUAAAAGAAAAAAAAAGAAAAAUGUUCAUUUAUAACUGAUACCACAAUGAUAGCUGAAUAAAAACGUUUGUUAUAGCCAAGUACUCUUUGUGCUUUGUGAAUUCCUAUGAUGCAUUUUGGCAAUGAACGCUUUCAAUCUCGGUCGGUCCUCGUUUUCCGUUUUUUUUUUUUUUUUUUUUGUUUUGUUUUUAAAGAAUUAUUUAUUUUACUAUUACUUCUUUAAUUAGAAGACGAUUUUGUAAAAAUAAAGUCAAAAACAACACUUUCAAAUAAUUAAAAUUGCAUUUAGAUAAAAAUUAAAAAUUUCUCGUGAAACGAUUGUCAAAUUUAAUGAUUUAAAUCGAUUAUUGAAAUUAAAUUAAAUUCAAAAAAUUUCUAAACUACAAUUUAAUGUGGACAAUGUAAUUCCCACUUUUUUUUUUUAUAAAUAAUUGUCUUUUAGUUUGAGGUUUUACAAUUUUAUUUUGUAUUAAUUUUGGCGAAAACGUGUUUUUUUUUUCAUGAUACAAUAUAUUCACGAUCGAAACACAAGAACAUGUUUCUUAAAAGAAAAUUUUACGAUAUUUUUUUCAUUAUUUAAUGACCAUAUUGGAUUUGAAGGUUUAUAUCAUUUGUAUUAUUAUAUUUAUAUAAAUUAACGGUGUUUACUGGAUAAUUAUUAUAUGAAUUCAAAAUAUGUGUAUCAUUUGAUAACAAUAGUAUAAAUAAAUGUUUAUAAUUUUAUAUCAACAAUGAAAUUUAUCAUUUGAUAUUUAUUAGUGAAAAAUUUUUUUUUAUUUACCAUAAAUUGUUAUCAUUUGAUAAUUAAAAAAUUAACGAUGUUAUUUAUCGAUAAUUAUGAAUUUUGUUUAGUAUUUUAUAUAAUUAUAUAUAUUUUGUCUCUAUUAUUUUGACAAUAUAGUUUCGAGUUAAAGAAUAAAAAAGAAAAAAAAGAAAAAUGUGUUGUCUAGUGUACGAGGCGAUCGAAUAAAAUCCAAGGCCCCCAAAUACUUGGCAAUAGCGAAGCCUAAAUAAUUCUAUAAGUAUUACCGAUAUACAUACUAGAUUAGGUCAUUUUAUUAUAUCAAGAUGAAAAGAAAUGUACAUUUUGAUUCGGCGCGCUGGCUAAAUAUGAAUACAAUCCCUUUUCUUUUUUCUUAUGUGUUAUUCUUUUUUAUAUUAUAUAUAAAUUAAUCAAUUAAAUAAUUUUGCAUGCAUGUUUGGCCAGCUCACCGCUCAUUUUCAAUGCAUUUAUCGAGAAGACGAGUGCUUGUACAAAAUAAUAAUCCGACCGUGUUCUACUCGAGUGUCCAAAAUUUAUACCCGUAAAAAAUUCAAUUUAGUUUUUAGAAAAAGAAAGUUAAUUAUUUAAUUCAAUUAAUAUUUAUAUUGAUAAUAAAAUUAUAUUAUUAAUAUUUAUAUUGAUUUUUAAUUAAUUGAUUACUUACAUUAAAAAAAAAAAAAAAAAAAAAAAAAAUUAAGUGUGACAAAUCGAGUAGAGUUCGGAUAUUAAAAAAAAAAAAAUUGAAAAAACACACACACACACACAGAUAACUUGACAAAAUGGCAGAAUUCUCUGAUGCUGGCUUAUAUAUAGCAAAAAAUAUUCGCUUCCCUUUUGAUCCCUGGCGCCGUUCUUGCCUCAACUUUGUAUAUUUCAGGAUUUUAUAAACGUAAAUAUAUAUAUUAUACAUACAUAUAUAUGCGACAUAAAUAGAUAUAUUUUAUUUUCAAAAUAUACGUAUAUAUGUAAUAAGGUAAUUAAACAAAAUAUUGAUAAAUAUAAAUAAUUAAAUUAAAAAAAAAAAAGAAAGAAAAACGAGAAAAGUAAAUGGUCUUGUUCUCCUGUUUUAUUGUGAGUGAUAAAUCGAUUUAUGAAAAAAUUAUUAUUUAUAAUAUAUAUUAUUACGUGUAAUUAAACGCGAUUAUAUUUAUUCUCCAUUCAACUUUUGUGAAUAUUCCUUAUACACCACAUAAAUACACAAUCAUACAUACAUUAAACACAAUAUUAUAAU